CCAAGAAAGCCGGUGUUUCCAACAACGACCAUCACGUUCCAUAUCCAGAUUUAUCUUGGUUUGCUAAUUUCACAGCCCUUUUUUUCCGUUUUGUUUUGAAUUGCCUGGCCAAGAUCAGAAGAGGGAGAGAUGUCAACCGUUCCGCCAGCAGCUCAGGAGAGCUCGCGCCCACCUAUUAUUCCCAAGUCCUUCUCUGACAGACAACCAGCCACCAUCCGCCUUUAUCCACUCUCGAACUACACAUUUGGAACCAAGGAGACCCAACCAGAGGAAGACCCUUCGGUAUUAGCGCGGUUAAAGCGUUUGGAAGAGCACUAUGAGCAAUACGGAAUGAGACGGACGUGCGAGGGGGUGCUGGUGUGCCAUGAACAUAAUCAUCCACAUGUCUUGAUGCUGCAGAUCGCGAACGCCUUCUUUAAGCUGCCUGGUGACUAUCUCAAACAUACAGAUGACGAAGUCGACGGCUUCAAAGCGCGAUUAAACGAGCGCCUAGCCCCCGUUGGGUCGCAGUUUAGUGGCGAAGGCGUCAACGAGGAUUGGGAGAUCGGAGAUACCCUGGCGCAGUGGUGGAGGCCGAAUUUCGAGACGUUUAUGUAUCCGUUCCUGCCGGGGCAUGUGACAAGGCCGAAGGAGUGCAAGAAGUUGUAUUUUAUACAGUUGCCUAAGAAGAAGGUCUUGUCGGUCCCUAAGAACAUGAAGCUCCUCGCUGUUCCGUUGUUUGAGUUAUAUGAUAAUACUGCUCGAUACGGCCCACAACUUUCUGCUAUUCCGCACCUGUUGUCCAGGUAUAACUUUGAGUUUGUCGAUGAGAAUGAUAAUGUGGUCGCUGUGACGCCUGGAGAUCAAACUCCUACCUCGCCGUCUGAGAUGCCGAAGACGAAAAUACUGGCGGGUGAUGGUGUCGCAAAUAGUGAUGGGCAGGAUACGGGGAUGGAGGAUUUAGGGGGAGGAGAGAUGCAGUGAUAUGAUCGCGAGUAGUAGAGGGUGUGUAUGUGCUGGGAGACACCGUUUCUUCCAUCCGGAAAAGGACAACUGGGCGGAUUUGGCGUGGAAUUUAUUUUCCACUCGGAGCUGU